ACCCACUGAGUCACUAGGGUUUUAAACAAGAUUAGCUUCAUCUCAAAACCCUCUCUGCCGCCUAUACUUACACCUAUACACACACUUCAUACAAUGAAGCUUCUAAAUUAGGGUUUAUCAUCAGCUUAUUAAAAUUGUUGAAAUCUUGUUGAUUAACUAAUCGUUAUCGUUUCAAUUGUGUUUCAAAUGGCCACUGGUAAUCCGUUUGAUCUGCUCGUUGAUGAUGACAACGACGACGUUUCGCAGCUGCUUCAGAAGCUCCCGCCGCCGGUCAAGAAAGCACCGGUAGCCGAAAAAGUCGCUCCCGCGGCUAAGCUUCCGGUCAAGCCUCUACCUCCCGCCCAGGCUGUGAGGGAGUCAAGGACUGAUGGUCAGCGAGGUGGAGGACGGUUUGGUGGUCGUGGGACUGGCCGUGGUCGUGGAGGAAGGUUUGGUCGAGAUUUUGCUGAUAAUGGGAACUCGUACAACAAUAACAACGGUGGGUUUUCUGAGGGAUACAGACAACCUGAACAAGGUGACUUAGACAAGUCUUCUGAAAGACGAGCAUAUGGUGGUCCUCGUGGGGGUGGCGGAGCUCCUCGUGGUGGUCGCCGCGGGGGUUAUAACAAUGGAGAAGUUACUGAAGGUGAACGCCCUCGAAGGGUAUAUGAACGCCAUAGUGGGACUGCCCGCGGAAAUGAGUUCAGUAAGCGUGAUGGUGCUGGCAGGGGGAACUGGGGAACUCCCACUGAUGACAUUGCUCCAGUGAAUGAAGAGCCUGUUAAUGAUGGUGAAAAGAAUGCUGAAGCUGAAAAAGAGCCAGAGCAGGAAAACACUGAUGAUGCCAGCAAGGAGAACCCUGUAACUGAACCAGAAGAGAAGGAACCUGAGGAAAUGACUCUGGAGGAGUAUGAGAAAGUACUUGAGGAGAAAAGGAAAGCAUUGCUGGCACUUAAAUCAGAAGAGAGAAAGGUUGACUUGGAUAAAGAUUUUGAAUCAAUGCAGCUUCUCUCAAGCAAGAAAAAUGAAGAAGAGAUAUUUGUCAAAUUGGGGACUGACAAGGACAAACGUAAAGAGGCUGAAAAGGAGGAGAAAGCGAAGAAGGCUCUCAGCAUAAAUGAGUUUCUGAAGCCUGCUGAAGGAGAAAAAUACUAUGGCCCUGGUCGUGGACGUGGACGUGGCCGAGGUCCAAGAGGAGGUUUCGGGGGAAACAUGGGAAACAAUGUUCGUGCCCCGGCAAUUGAGGAUCAAGGCCAGUUCCCUACUCUGGGGGCAAAGUGACCGGGAGGUUUCCUUCCUGCCACAAAUAUUGUCUUGAUGGUUCCUAGUGGCAGGAUAUCAGCAGGAAUGUUCUAAAAUUAUCUAAAAAAAGUUUAUGGUCUUUUGAGUGUAAAUUUUAGAUGUCUUGCUGGGGUUUAUACCCUUGUUUUUUGAACUUUCAUGGAUCAUAACUAGAAGAUUAGGUUCUAUUUAUAUCUUUGGUUAUUAAAUGAUGGCACCAAAUUUUGAUUUUCA